CGCCCCCUCCAUUGCGGUACCGCCCCCCCGCAUCAGAGACGAAGAGGAGCAGGAGGCGAUGGUGGUGGUGGUGUUGUGAGGGCAGACGUAGCGAGACUUGGAGGAGGAGUGGAGACCAUGGCUGGGUUCCCUGAGGAGCGCGACUUCGUCGAGCCCAGCACCGAGGAGGCGACGCCCGCCGCCCGCCAGUCGACGGAGGAGGUGGAGGAGGCCAAGCUCAGGGCCAAGUACCCCAACAUCGUGCCGCAUCAACCUGGAGGCUCCCACUUCCUCCGCAAACGCCUCCAGAAGGGGCAAAAAUACUUUGACUCCGGAGACUACAACAUGGCCAAGGCGAAGAUGAAGAACAAGCAGCUGCCGCAGCAGGGCGGCGAGGUGACUGGCGACCACAUUCCCACGCCCCAGGACCUGCCCCAGCGCAAGAGCGGCGCCAUGGCCAGCAAGCUCGCCGGGUAGCGGAGGCACGCGGCUGGUGCAGACCGGCGCGGGCACAGCCUCCCUGCCCUUCCCGAGCGCGCGAUGCUACAACCCCUACCGCCACAGUCACCGCCACUGACAUCAGCAGCAGCACCACCACCAUUAAUGCACUGACAGCACCACCACCGACUGCACCGACACCACCACUCUAACAACACUGCCACUGACAUCAUCAGCACCGCCACUACCACCAACCACGACCGCCAGCAUCAUCACCGCCGCCGCAACACCGCCGGCGACAUCACCGCUGACAUCAUCAGCGCCACCACCUACCAAUGCGAGACCACUUCAGCCCUUUCCGAGUGCCCAGGGGAUAACCUGGUCCCGUUGCCGCCGGCCCCCCUUUUUAGUUCCCUGCGGCCCUGUGCGUGAGAGAUCACCCCGAGGUGAGUCCCAGUGCCGUGCGAAGGAUCGUCUUGUUCACGCAGGGGGGGACACGCGCUGACGGCACCACACUGACAUCAGCGGCACCACCACGACCACCGCGUGCGUGGAGGCGAGCGGAGACUCCCGCGUAUUGGACGGUGCGUGUGCGUGCGUGUGUGCACCUACGUCGUUCUUGCGUUCGGAGUUCCCCCCUCCGCGUGCGCGCUCCGCUUCGACCGUCCGCCAGCGCUCUCUUGCCGGCGACCGCCGCGAGAACUGGGCGACGGAGCGCCGGCGACGGAACCUGCCUUGGACGACGUUGCAGCACGCGCUCGAGAUGACCGCUUUGCCGACAGCCCUCGUGGAAUGCCGCGCUUUGUACGCGGGAUGGCGAGUCUCGCGCGUAGGCUCGACUCGGUUGAUUUCAUUUUUUUGCUGCUGCUGCUGCCGCUGCCGCCGCCGCUGCGUUUCCCACGUGUCACAGCCGGUUUUGUUGUCCCGAGGCCAAGUCCACCCGCACCUUGGCGAUCGGUCGCGUACCAACUCUGGUCGCACGCAACUCUGGUCACUCGCAACCGCGGUCACGCGCAACUCUGGUCGCACAACUCUGGUCGCGCGCAGUUACCGCGUGUAAAGUUGUCACGGUCGAUCAUAAUGGUCCGUGUGACCCUUGUUUUUCUGAUGUGAACACUCACGAGUUGGCCGAUAACAGCUGAACCCACAGAGGACACCGCAAAGCUUGGGCAAUUGUUGGCAGCACCGGCUCAUCGCGUGCCCACCUCCCAGCUUGUCUGUGAUUGCAAAGCUUCUGGGGCCUCCUCGGUCGUCCUCGCUCUCGCUCUGUGCGAGAGCGAGCGAGUUCGCCGUGCGGCGAUGGCGGCAGCGGCGUUACAAGUUGACGUUAUUGUUUUUUUUUAUUGUCGUCGUUCUUAUAAACCAGCAGCUCCUGUGUAGUACCAGCAGCCGUUGCGGACCAGCAGCUGGCUUGCCACGGUGGUGUAAACCUUUCCCCCUUGGACGGGGGCUGAACAGAAGUUUUGAAAUGCCACUGGCCCGGGCGAACCGCGCGUUGGUUGACGCUAAGACCUCUUCGGUGGUACCGGGACCACGCAGGUCGACUACAACGAGGCGGCCGAGCGUGCCGAAGUUCUAAAACGGUGAAAGUAUUUACCCCCCCCCACCUCCAGUACCCGAUUUUAGUGCGGCUGAGAUGCCCCGUGGUGACGGAUAAAGACGCCGUUUGUGGAUAGUCUUGAAGUGGCAGGCCCGUGGGGCCACGUUUCAAAACGGGAGUUGUGGCUCGUGUCUGGCUCGGCUCGGCCGUGUGGGGGGGGGCGGUGUAGGGAUUCGGACACGGUCAGUGUAGCUGGGGUUUAAAGAGUUGAAGCUGAUGCUCCGUGACGUGCACGCCUCUUUUGACUAUGGCACAUCUGAGCCGUCCCAGGCCCACGUGGCACGGGUUGCUUCUGGCCGCUCCUCCCCCCCCCCCCCCACCCCCCCAAGCCCCAUCCGACAUAGACCGGGACGGCGCACCCGGGCCCGGCCCUGACGCGGUUCUGUUGUGCGGUGGAAAAGUAAAAAAAAAAAAUGUAUAAGCGCCAAAGUGCGCCGUGAAUGAUUUGAGCGCUUGGUGGGAUAGGAGGUGUACCGACUGUCAAUGUCUCGUAGUGGUAGUAGUAGUCGUAGUAGUAAAUAACGAUGCUGUGAAUACCGAAUCGUAGCGCGUGCGGUGGCGUGCGACACGGGGCGGCACGGGGCGGCACGGGGCGGCACCGGCGGCGUCGCACAAUACCGUCGCUUCAACUCUCCCGUUUUGACCGCGCACCGAGUUUAUGUUUGGGGCGGCCGCCGAUUUUAACGGUGCUUUUGCGAAGGAUUUAAAAUAAAAGACGAUUGAAUCGUUUGCCUGUUUGCUGCUCCUCGCUCGUCGAGGAAGGAGGAGGUGGAGAGGGGUUCAGGGACUCGGGACCGCGUGACCUGGGACGUGCUCGCAAUAUUCAAACCGAUCGCAAUAUUUAAACAUCACUUUGAGAAGCAAUAAAAAAAAACUGGGCGUUGUGCGUUCCUCACGAG